CUCCUUCUCCUUCUCCAUUUCACACCCGGCAGGGCUAGGGCAGUCCGGACGGUACCAUUUUCAUUUCACCAUUCUAAAUCUCAAGUCAUUACUAAAAUUAUUUCUAUACCAACUCACUUGUUCUUAAUAUUAAUUUUUUUAACUUUGGGCUCAAUAAUCUCGAAUAAUGUGCAGUGUAAAAAGAGAAAACAACUGUAUUACUGUAUCUUGUAAUACAGUUAUCUUGGAUAUCGAAGGAACUACAACGUCUAUUUCUUUUGUUAAGGAAACACUUUUCCCUUAUGUCCGGGAGCAUUUGGAAGCAUAUCUAAAAGAGAAUUGGGAUUCAGAAGUUGUUCAAGCCAUAGUUGAUGCUCUAAGGUCGCAGGCAAAAGAAGACAAAGAAAAGAAUCUGGAGGGCUUUCUCGACAUCCCAGUGGAUGGGGAAAAAGAUGAUUUGAUUAACUCUGUGAUCAAAAAUGUUCUUUGGCAAAUGGAUCUUGAUAGCAAAGCCAAAAGUCUGAAAGAUCUUCAGGGUUUAAUAAUGGAGAAUGGCUACAAAAAAGGAGAACUUAAAGGACAUAUCUACGAGGAUGUUGAAGAAAACUUAAAGCUAUGGACAGAACUUGGAAAAUGUAUCUACAUAUACUCAUCAGGAAGUGUACAUGCCCAAAAAUUGCUGUUUGGUCAUACCGGAAAAGGCGAUCUUUUACCGUAUAUCAAAGGACAUUUUGAUACUACUGUUGGGAAGAAAUCUGAUGUGGAAAGCUACAAAAAAAUAAUUGAUCUUAUUUCCUGCUCUCCAUCGGAAACUGUUUUCUUGACUGACAUUCCCAAAGAGGCGAGAGCUGCAAAAGGAGCUGGUUUGUUAGCAGCUUUGCUCUCUAGAGAUGGCAAUGCUCCAUUGGCAGAUGAGGACAAAGAAGAAUUUCAAGUCCUCACUUCAUUCUCUGAGGUUCAAUUUGAGAAUACUUUUAAAAAGAGGAAGGUAUGUAGUAAUGAUGGCCAAAUUGACAAUAAAACUGUUGAAUCGUGUGAGGUUUCUGUUAAAAACCCAAAAGAACCUACAAACUCCACCUUACCAAAACAACAUGAUGAUAAGAUGGAAGUUGAAGAGAGCUAUUGUGAAGCAAAAAUUUGUAUUCCAGAGAAAACAGAUUGUGAAAGAAUUGCUGAGAAGAAAGAUCAUUGCCUGCAAGAAGUUACUGGAAAUAGUGAUGUUGAAAUGAGACCGACUAAUGUGACUAAAGGGGAAAAAUCAAGCAAAAAAAUUGACUGCGAGAAUGGAUCUCAAAUGGAUGGUUUGAGCAAUAGUGAUAUUGUGUCGGAUAAAUUAAAUAUUGACGAACAUCAUGAUAAGAGUAAUAAAGAAAUUGUUGAUAAAGACACUAAAUUAUCUAACAAAACAUCCCAUGAAACAUUGGAUCCUGUUGCUGUGAAUGGUAAGUCUGAGAAUCUCAAGGCAGAAAGCCAACAUUGUGAAGACAAAGCUUCAAACAAUGAAGACAACUGUAAAUCAAAUGGAAAUGCAGGAAUCCAGAAACCUAAAGAAGGUACCAUGAAGGAUGAUGAAAGCAGCCAAGCUCAAAAUGAUCAGAAUCGUGAAUCAAAUAGAAACGCAGAAAUCCAAAACCCUAAAGAAGUUGCAACGAAGGAUGAUGAAAGCAUCCAAGCUGAAAAUAAUCUGAAGUCCCUCAAUGGAAGGGAACCAAACAAAUGUGAUGAUGAAACCAUUACGAUUGAAAACUCUAAAGCUAGUCCACCAACCAAUUUAAAUGCUCAUGAUAUGAAUAGCGCCAAUGAUGAAAACAGCCAAAUAAAACCUAUUAAUGGUGACUGUUCUGAAGGGAAAAUAUCUAAAAUUUCACAAAAUGAUUCAGCAGAAGAUUCAGUUGAAAAUGGUGUGCCACUUCUGAAUGAGUCUAAUGCAGAUGACAAACCCCUGAAUAUUCCAUCAGAUGUACAAGUAUUGAAUGAAAUAACUGCUGAACCUUGUCUAGAAUCUAAAGUAGAAAAUGAUGACACUAAGGUAUCUACUCAAUUACCACAAGUUGAUAAAUCUGCAAAAACUUUAAUUGAUAAUACCGGUAUUUCAAAUGAAGUAAAAAACGCUGAUGAAUCUAGUCCACAAAAUGCCAUUGGUGGAGGUAAAAAGAUGAAAACUGAUGAAAUAGACACCCAAACCAUAAAUUGUAAAGAUGAAUUUUCAAAUCUUGAAUCAAGUAAAGCUAAAGAUGGGUCUAAAUCUGAUGUUUUAGUUCCAGAGUUAAACUCAAAUGGUUGUGACACAAAAGAAAUUGUAACCAAGACUCCCAUUGAUACGUCAAACCAGGCAAAGAGUGUAGACCUAGCAAAUAAAAAGACAUUAGCCAAGGAUGAUGAUGAUGAUGAUGAUGAAACUGCUAAACUACCGCAGACUGAAAAAGCAAACACACUUCCUGACAAGCAUAAUAACGUCUCCGAAAAAUCUAGUUCAUCAGAUGAACAAGUCACUAAGGAAAGCUCAAUUGAAAAAAAUCAUGAAGAGAAUGAUUGUUUCAAUGACAAGUCAGCAAAUGAAGUUGAUGAUACAAAGCUAUGUGAAGUAAAGAAAUGCGAAGUUGCAGAAGCUCCUACAAUUUCUGCUGUUGUGGAAGCUUAAAUGCUGUUAUUCAGUAUUUCUUCUAUUUAUUUUUACAACUUUAGGUUAACAUGUUAAUGAAGAGUAUACGUUUUUGUGUUUUGUGAUGAAGUAAGUUUAAGUCUUUGAAUGGAAUGCUCACAUGUAUGUGAUAUACUUAAAAUCUCAAUUUCACCACAGUUACAGAUAGUUGUUUUAUAAUGAGCUUUUUAUUUUUUAAAUAAAUUAAUAAUAAUAUACAAGCACUUUGUGCCCCAAAAAGUUUAGGUUGGAAUGGCAAAUUGUAAAACUAUCAUUAUUUUUCAUUUCAAUCAGAAACAUAAACUCUGGUGUUAAAUGGUUUUGUAAGUCGUCUUUAUAACUUUAAACUUAUUGAAGACUGAAUUUAACAUUUAAGGAAUUGUUCCUAUUUUUUGAGGGAUUAGAAUCUUUGUUCCUAUUUUUAGAGGGAUUAGACUAUUAGAAAAGACUUCUUGCACUUGACAAGUUGUUAUAUGAAUCUGAAUUUAAUGAGACUGAUUUGUUUGGAUUUUAAGUAUUUAUAUCUACAUAAGACUGACUUAUGAGAGGGAUUUUUAUAAUUCUAAUUAAUCUGCAACAUUUCCUUGAUUCUUAAUAUUAAUGAAAUCCUUUUACUGUAAAAUAUGUGAUUUAUAGCUUAAACACAGUUUUAAUUCAGUAUAGUUGCUCUUACGUUUUUAUUGAUAAAUAGAUUAAACAUUGUGAAAUUGUAACAUGACCAAGCUUAAGUUUCUUGUGCUUUCGUUCUGUAAGAAAAGGAUUUUACGUUAGGUUACUGUGAGUUUUACGUUAGAUUACUGUGUGUGUAUCAUUGUGGUUACUUUGGUCUUCACCACCUUUACGUUGUAAGUACCAUACUGUUCUUAUGUAUUAUUAUAACAUAUUCCUGCAAUUUGUUCCUAUUAUUAGGCUAGCGUGUUCCUUUAUCCAGUGUAAUAGUACCAUUGUACCGGUGCUUUAAUUAAAUUUCAGCUUGUGUGCAAAAUUUAUCACCGUUUUUGUAUCUUAAUAAAAGUGACUGAUUGUUAACUAAACUGCAAAUUCAGAUUUAAAAAUAAAAUGAUUUUUCAUUAA